AUGGUGGGGACGUUGAGACUCAAUAGAAAGCAUUUACCAAAAGAUUUAGUCACACAAAAACUGAAGAAAGGAGAAAUAAUAGCGACGGAAACGACAGACGAAAAAAUUGGCGUGACGAAAUGGAAAGAUAAGAGAGUCGUUACAACUUUGAGCACUGUUCAUUCGGCGAAGAAAAUGACAGCAGUAAAAACAAAAAGAGGACAAGUUAUUUUCAAACCGGAUUCUGUUGUUGAUUACAAUACUGGCAAGUCAUCAAUAGACGAAACCAACCACCUUCAAUCAGCAGAGAAGCUGCUGGGAGCAGCAGAGGAGCUGCUGGAAGCAGCAAAGAAACUAUUGGAUCCAGCAACAAGCAUCUUUUGGUGA